GUGGAACCUAUCUUGCUGGAUCAAUUUUUGUUUCAGGUGGUGGGCAAUUUCUGGCUGAUGGUGGAGACGUUAUUGCGGUGGCCAUUCAGUACCGCUUGGGUGCACUUGGCCUGCUUACCGGCACGGGCAUUCCAGCCAACCUCCAGCUACUUGAUCAAAUUUUUGCUCUAAAGUGGAUUCAGGAGAACAUCGCCGCCUUUGGGGGCAAUCCAAAGCAGGUGACCAUUUUUGGCGAGUCCAGCGGUUCAAUGAACGUCGGCCAGUUGAUCCUCUCGCCACUCGCUCGAGGACUCUUCUCGCAGGCCAUCAUGCAGUCAGGUGGGCCACUGGCCUUCUUCGGCGCCGACAACCAGACGGUGGCUGACAGGAAGCGGGCCACCUUUGCCACUGCCAUUGGCUGCCCGGCAGAACCGAAAACCUCUUCAGUUGCCUGCUUAAAACAGAAACCAAUGGCCGACUUUAUCAACGCUACCCUCAAGAUGAUUGUCAACAAUGACUUUUUCGUUCCCGUCUACGGCGGCAAUGAAGUGCUACCUCUUUCUCCAGCAGAGGCCCUCAAGGUGGGCGCCUUCAAUCACCUGAAGGCGGUGAUUUAUGGCGUCAAUGCCAAUGAGGGAAGUCAUAUUGCGGUCUCUUCCUUCCCUGCGGUGCUCUCUAACAACACCAAGCUGACGCUGGAGCUGGUCAGAAAGGAACUAGUCAAGGCGCUGAAGAAGUUCGGCGUUGAGUACGGCGAAGAGGUGGCCGAUUACUACCUGGCCGAGUUGAAGCACUCUGCCAAUGUCAGCCAGGAUCAGCUGAGGGUGGCCCUCGCCAAUCCACUGGGAGAUAGUAUUCUCACCU